AGGAAGUGCGCUCAUCCCUGCUUCGACGCUAAACACGGCAGCGAAAGGAGCAGAAAUGUCAGCCGCCGCUUCGCCAUCAGAGCUGAGGCUGGUGGUGCUGGGCCUGACGGGGGCAGGACAGAGGUCAGCGGUCUGCACCAUCCUGGGCCUGCAAGACCCCCAGCAGGGCCCAGAUGCUGCCGACAUCCAGGAGUGCAGCAAACACAGAGGAGAAGCUGCAGGCAGACAGGUGGUGGUAGUCUCGAGUCCAGCCUGGUUCGGCUCAGACUGCGACCCAGAGGAAAGGAGAAGACACAUAUCCUCCUUUAUAGCCUUAUCCAGCCCAGGACCGCAUGCCUUCCUGCUGUGUGUCCCUCUGAACCAGCCAGCUGAAGGAGAGGCCAAGGCGCUGGAUGUCCUGAAGGAGCUGUUUGGCCCCUCUGCAGUCAGCAGAAACACCAUCAUACUUUUCACCCACACCGAGGAGCUGGACGAGGACGAGCCGCUGGAGGAAUACCUCGUCACAUGGCGCAAGGACCUCCGGGAGCUGGUGGAGCGAUGUGGUGACCGCUACCACACCCUGGAAGCCCGCAGCGGAGAACCAGAGGAGAGCAAAGCUGUUGAGGAGCUGCUGGAGAAGGUUGAGCAGGCUGUGGCAGACAGCGGGGCACGACACUUCAGCUGCCCUCUGUACCAGGAGGCUAAAGAAAGAGUGAGGCAGAGGCAGGUAGAGAUAGUGAGGCAGAGGAGAGGAAAGGAGCUCAACGGCCAGCUGACAGACUCACCACCAGAGGAAAAUGUGACGGAAGAGGAAAUGGAAGCAGUCCGGGAAGAGGCAGAGAGGAGCAUAGAUGAUUUGAAUGUGGAUGUAGAUAGUAUUUUCCCCUUUUCCGCCAGUGUCUCACCUUCCUCCCCGGCCCCCCCUUUUCUCUGGGGCUUGUGGGAGAAGCUGACAGGCUGGAUGAGGUGGGUGUCCACCCUUGUGAGAAGGGAGGCCCUGCUGGGAGCGCUGGUCGGCCUGUUCGUGGGAGGGCCGUUUGGAGGUAUGAUGGGAGCCACUGUGGGAUCAGUGGCUACUGAAGUGAAGAGAAGAAACACACAGAAAACCAAGUGAGAGAUAAUCCCAUGUUAAUGUAUUAUGCAUCGAGUUGCACCUUGCAGUCAUUUCACUGUGUUCAUUACACCAGUUUAUCACUGAGCUUCUAGCACGCCAGCUAGCAAAUAGUAUUCAUGCUUGACCACUGAGCACCAGUGCUUCUUUAUUAUUUUAGAAUGGGCACACCAUAUUAUGUAAUGGCUUUAUUAAUGGUUGAUCAAUCAUGCUUCAUAGAUCAGUAUUAACCCAUUGGUAAGAAAAAUAAUUGGGUUGCCAGUUUUGAAAAAUCUGUUUGGCCGUUGUUCCUCUAGUAUAGGUAUGCUCUGCCUUUUUAGUUAGUUACUCAUCUUGAUGUUUAACACAGUCAGUUCUUGUCCGCAGUUGAAAACCUGCAGUACCUGAUUUUAACAACACUGACAGUCCCACCUCUUAUGCUGAUAUGACAAUUCAGCAGAUGUGUAGCAACAUUAGCAUUUACGUGGAGACAUGUUUCUGGUGAUUAACACAAGCUCAGUAUUACUCUCAUUUUAUCUCCGCUUUUGGUCUCCACCAACUUCUGAGGCCAAUAUCUGGCUCUUUAGCUGCUAAAUGCUCCGCUAUGACCAGCUAGUCGCUAACCAUGUCAGCUGUCCAGUGUUGAGCAGGUAGUGGACAGCGGGUUUUUAGUGCCUGUCGUGGCCAAAGAUUAUUCUAUGAGACUGGUGAGAAUGAAUCAAAACAAUAAAGGAAAUAAAACAAAAACAAAACACUAAAAGCUGUAAAACACUAAAAAGGGUCAGCCGAUAUUUCUCCAUGAUUUUGUCCAUUGAGAAUACAAAACUGUUUAGCAGUGCAGCUUUAACUAAAAAGUAAAAAUCAAGCGCCAAGAUGUAGGGGGUUACACACCAGUCAAAUUCAUUCUUCACAACCUGGCAAUACAAAAGUUGCCCUUAUCAUUAGUGAUUUGUAAGGUAAUAAUACACAUCAGUAUCAACUUUUAAACCAGUUUUAGUCUUUUCUUUUUAUAAAGUGGUAAUACUGGUUAAAAAAAAACACUUUGUAAAGCGGCAAUGCUGA